CAUAAUGUUCUUGUAUUUUAAGGUGAGACCAAGGAUGCUGUCAAGAACUCUGCCUUUGUUGAGAAAGUAAAGAAAUCUGGCUGUGAAGUGGUCUAUAUGGUAGAUCCAAUUGAUGAAUAUGCUGCUCAACAAUUGAAGGAGUAUGAUGGCAAACAGCUGGUGUGUGUUACCAAAGAGGGUUUGGAACUUCCUGACGAUGAGGAGUCUAAGAAGAAGCUGGAGGAGGAUAAGACAGCAUAUGAAGGAUUAUGUAAAGUUAUCAAAGACAUUCUUGACAAAAAGGUCGAGAAGGUUGUUGUAUCAAACAGAUUGGUGGACUCUCCCUGCUGUAUUGUCACUAGUCAGUAUGGUUGGUCAGCGAAC